AUGGGUUCAUGGGGCGGUGAUGUUCACUUCGAUGAAGAUGAAAAUUGGAGAGAAAACUCUCCAGAGCUGAGCCAAGGUGUUGAUUUUUAUACAGUGGCCUUACACGAAUUGGGACAUAGUUUAGGUUUGGCCCACUCACCCACAUAUAGUUCGAUAAUGUUUCCGUACUACAAAGGACCGGAUUAUAAUGUUUUAAAUUAUGAUGAUACCUUGGCUAUGUAUGAGGCCUACUUGAACAAAAAAUUAGACGAUGAUGUUGAAGUUGUUAAUGAUGAAGAAGAAAUGGAAGAAGCAGACGAGGAGGAAGAAUACGUGGAAACUACCACAAUUUCAUAUGAGACAACUGAAUAUACCACCGUUAACAAUGAUUAUAUGCCAAACACAACAAACAGGCAAUUUUCUGAGGAAGAGAGUAUCACUAAUUGGCCCAGUACUACGGCAGACACUACGAAUGCAUUUUCUCCAUCAUUCCCCAGUACAACAUCAAAUCCUAGCACUGACAUAAAUUCUAGAGACAGAUCCUUCUAUACAUCCACCAUACCACCAAUAUGCGAUGGCAAUUUUAAUGCCGUGUGUUAUUUUCGAGAUCAUGUUCAUAUUUUCAAGGGUCAAUAUGUUUGGAAACUUUCGGCCCAAUAUCGUGUUCUCGAUGGUUACCCAAAACGUUUGCAGGAAGUUAUUAUAGAUUUGCCGGAGGAGGUGAAGAAGAUUGAUGCCUGUUAUGAACGUUACGAUAAGACAGUGCUAUUCUUUUCGGGUAACCAAAUCUGGUAUUAUCAAAAUGAUCGAAUAUUAGACACUAGCCCUGUGUCUUUAAGCAGUCUGUUUGGCUUUAAUGUGAACAUUGAUCAUGUGGAUGCAGCAAUAUUGUGGCGUAAGUUAUGA